AUGAUUGUAGAUGCCGAAGACGUUGAGGUUGGCACACAUAAGAUGGAUCUUUUGGAUGACGAGGAGAUUGCCAAACUGCCCCUGGAGAAACGUGUUCUGAUUAAAUUACCGAAGAACAAGUGGAAGCCGCCCACACCCUACCCCUGGGAGCCGCGGGGUCGUGGCAUGAAUCGCUGGGAUUACUACAUCUGUACGGACCUCGGCGAUGACAAGUGGAUGCGCCUUCCCGCGGUAAAACCCGCGCACAUUGAAAUGGCAAGACAGAGCGUCUACAUCUUCACCGGUGACCCGAACACUCCGAUUGGCCAUCUGCCGGGCGGGUUGGGC